AUGCAAAAGUCUGGUAUGAACCCAGACCAUGUCACUUUUGUUGCUGUCCUAUCUUCAUAUAGUCAUGCAUGGUUGAUCUUCUUGGACGAAGAGGGCAUGCUGGAGAAAGCUUACGAGUUUAUCAAGGGGAUGCCACUUGAAUCUAAUGCUCGAAUUUACAACAACAUAGAGCUAGGGGAACGAAUGACAGAACACCUUUUUAAGAUGGAACCUGAUAAUACUGGGUGUUACGUCUUGCUCUCAAAUAUCUAUGCUGGGGCUGGUAGGUGGGAUGAUGUUGCAAAGUUGAGAUCAGUAAUGAAACACAUUCGACUGAAAAAAGAUCGAGGACGUAGUUGGAUGAGGCUGGCAUUUCAUAUGGGAGACAAAUCACAUCCCCAAUUUGAGAUUAUAAAUGCAACGCUGGAGGAUUUGGCCGGGCAGAUGAUGAAGGGUGUGUAUGUCCUUAAUACAAACUUUGUGCUCCAUUAUCUGGAGGAGGAAUAG